CGAUCAGCCGCCGGUGUUUCCGUAUCUGUCGAUCCCUGCGACCAAGCCCUUUCGGUCUCCGUCGUGUUCCUCUUCGAUCUCAAGGGAAAAGGGAAAGAGCGGAAAGAAAGCGAGAUGGGAGAGCGAGCGACACGGGGAAGGAGAUGCUCCGCCGGCCUCUGCGCUUUCGCGCUCGCCCUCGCGGUGGUGUCUCUCCUCCUCGCGCGGCCCGCCUGCGCGCUGCGGUUCGAGCUCGAAUCGGGCCACACCAAGUGCGUCUCCGAAGACAUCAAGCUCCAUUCCAUGGCAGUUGGCAAGUACUCCGUCGUUAACCCCUACGAAUCCACCCCUCUCCCCGAGUCCCACAAAAUUACCGUCAGGGUCACUUCGCCUUACGGCAAUAGCAUCCACUAUCAGGAUCAGGUGGAAUCGGGCAAUUUUGCCUUCACCGCGAACGAGGAAGGCGACUACUUGGCGUGCUUGUGGGCGCCGUAUCACAAGCCGGCUGUUACCAUGGCGGUGGAGUUCGAGUGGCGGACAGGCCUGGCCGCCAAGGACUGGACCAACGUUGCCAAGAAGGGGCAGAUCGAAGGCAUGGAACUGGAAUUGAAGAAACUGGAAGAUACUGUGAAGUCCAUCCACGAUGAAAUGUUUUAUCUUCGAGAAAGGGAGGAGCAAAUGCAAGACAUGAACAGAUCUACCAACUCAAGGAUGGCUUGGCUAAGCUUCCUUUCACUUGCUGUGUGUGCUUCGGUUGCGGGCUUGCAGUUAUGGCAUUUGAAGACAUUUUUCGAGAGAAAGAAACUGCUCUAAUGACUGAUCCUACUGCAGAAGUUUAGGCCCAAUUUCUGACAUUUAUUUAUACUCAUAUUUGUAUUCAUGAUGAUUAAAAAAUGCAGCUCCGAGAACUUAAUUCAAAGUCCCUUAUUUAAGGUAGGUAAACAGUGAGUAGUUGAUAUCUUAUGGAGGUCAUUUCAUGUUCAAUUUUAGACAUACGUUUUGGAGUUCAUGCUAUUACUUUCAAGGAUAUUUGCGAAUGUUUUUCUUUUUA